AAUAAUAAUACUAUGAGACCUUUCAUAAUGUGUAUGCAGUUGGCUGUAGCGUGUGUGCUCAAGUCAAGCCGAGAGGUGCUAAGGCAUCAGGGGACAGCAGCCAUGUGACCAUGGUUGCAGGGAUUGGUUUAGUGCAGAUGUGACAUCAGCGAGCCUCCCACUCCCUGCCUCCCUCCUCCCCUCUCUCUCCCAGUCUUUCUCUUCCUCUCUCUCUCUCUCUCUCUCUCUCUCUGUACCGCUCUGCUUUUUUUUUUCCUCCUUUGCCUUUCCUCAGCAUCCCCCCUCUCAGAGAUGGCGUGUGUCGGUGCUGCUCAGGCGUCCGGGGCCUAACGUGCACACAGAGAGAGAGAGAGAGAGAGGACCACCACCUCCUCCUCCUCCUUCUCCUCCUCGUCCUCCUCCUCCUCUUCCCACAAUCCCACCGCGAUUUGCUGCAUAUUCCUCGGGUUGUCUCUUCUCACUGUGUCCUUCCACCGCUGCUGCCUCGCAUCUCUCUCCCUCCAACCCCACCUCCCUGUGCGGGUGUCUGGGAGUUGGGCCCUUGGGGGAGGAGGGAAUCAACAUCGUGCUUCGCUGGGGGGAGCUGUGCAGAAUUAGCUAUGCCCUGCCCAGGCAUCCUUUGACCGGCUGGAUUUCUCCAUUUCUGUCCACCUGUGCAUCAGAGGACAACAUAGGAUGAAAAUCAGCAACCAUGAUGCAAGGACUGAAAAAUCGAACAAGGAAAGCCCUGGGCUUACGAAAGAAAGACAAGGAUACAGACACAACGAGUUCACCUGACAGAGAAGGAAGUGGAAGCGGAAAGAAAGGAAGUAAAAAGGCUAAUGGAGCACCGAAUGGUUUUUAUGGGGAGAUCGACUGGGACAGAUAUGCCUCUCCUGACGUGGAUGAGGAGGGCUUCAGUCUCCGUCCCGGUGACGAAGGUGACACAGCUUCCAAAGGAAAGCAGUUUUUCUCCUCCAGCGACUCAGAGGACGACGAGGACAGCAAGAAAAAAUUCAAAAUUAAGAUCAAGCCGCUGGUGUCGGACAGUGCCAAGUGUGUCCCUCCAUCUAUGGACGAGCUAAAAGCCUCAGUGGGAGGCCUGGCACUCUCUCCGUCUCUGAAGAGAAGUCCGAGACGCAGCCCGGGGCAGAUAAAAAGGAAUUUGUCCUGUGAAGAGAUUGCUAGACCCAGACGCUCCACCCCCACACCAAGUCCUGCACCUGAGACGCCGAGCGACAGGCUGUCACAGAACGUUCCUGCCUUUUUUGGGCUGCCUUCAGAGACCAAAUAUGCCAGAUAUGAUGUGGUUCCUACUGAAUUAUGGGGCGACUCGAGACCACGCUCAGAAUCACCGCUGAGUAGAAGUUUUCCAACAGGAGCUCCUCCUCCGCUUCCUCCAAAAAACAUUCCAUCAAGAAGUCAUUACGGCUAUCCUUCGGACUCUGCUGCUGAUCUACCCAAUGGAAGGGCAGCUCGAAGCUCAGCCCCCAUCUACCUGAACGUCCUGUCCCCCGCCUCUUACCGAGGCUCCCCCGCCCCUGACCUGGAUGAUGUGUUCGGCCCCAUGGACAGCCCCCACACCAGUGAGGACAUGGUUUCUCCCAGAUGGGUUACUUUCACUGAGGACAGACCCCCGCCGCCUGAUGAGCCCGCUCCACCCCCUCCACCGGACUCUCCUCCCCCAGACACACCCUCGUCCACCCCCUCCACCCCCUGCCUCUCUCCAGGGCCUCCGCCAAACGAGCCCCCGCCUUCGCCUCCGCCGUUAUCUCCCGGGUCUCCUCCUCCAUUCACGCCACCAGGCUCACCCUCCUCCAUCAUGCUUGGACCUCCUCCUCCGGACGAACCAGCCCCUCCUCUGCCUCCUGACUUCUCCCCCUCUAAGUCACCUCCUCUAUGCCUCGAUGAUGAUGCAAUCGAUGAGGAGGUGCUGCAGUUUGCAGAGUACUCUUCGUCCCCUGCUCCAAUCAGCCCCGUGCCCCCUCUGCCAGCAGAGCGGAGGUCUCCUCGGGUAGGAGUUACGUCUCCCCUAGUCCUGGGGGGUGUGGGGGGAAAGAGGACACCGGAGGGAGCAUAUCUAAGAGAUGAUAUCCCAGACUUUGUGGGUUCACCCCGAGAGCUGACGCCGAGCUUCAGGGGCACGCCACCUCCUCUCCCACCAACCACCUACAGGUCUAUUAUGUCUUCCCCAGGGCCUUACUCAGGCAGCAGCCCCUCGUCUCCAGCUCGUCCUGCCACGCCUCAGUCUCGAGGCAGUCCGGUCCCUCCUCCUCCUCCUCCUCGACCAUCCUCACGACCGAAGCUGCCCCCGGGAAAACCAAUCACAGACCUGUCUCGGCCCUUCAGUCCGCCGGUUUCAGGCAGCCCUCCACCUUUUGCACCGUUGGCCCGGGCGGAGAGCUCUUCCUCCAUAUCUUCCAUUACCUUGCAGAGUGCAGCAUCAACUCCAACCUUAGGACGAGACCUUAACAUGUCCACCGCAGGAUGCUCCAGAGGACCCAGUCCGCUCACCAUGGGACCCCAGGACACUUUACCAGUGGCAGCUGCCUUCACAGAAACCAUCAAUGCCUAUUUCAAAGGCGCAGACCCCAGCAAAUGUGUUGUGAAGAUCACAGGGGAGAUGGUGCUGUCGUUCCCUGCGGGCAUAACCAGGCAUUUUUCCAGCCACCCAACUCAACCCGUCCUCACCUUUAGCAUCAGCAACUACAACCGACUGGAGCAGGUCCUCCCCAACCCACAGCUGCUGUGCUGUGACCUCACAACAGACAGUGUAGACACCAAGGAGUUCUGGGUGAACAUGCCAAACUUGAUGAGCCAUCUGAAAAAAGUGGCUGAACAGAAGCCUCAGGCGACAUACUACAAUGUGGACAUGAUCAAAUAUCAGGUGUCAGCAGCAGGGAUCCAGUCCACUCCUCUGAACCUGGCAGUGAGUUGGCGAGGAGAUGCCACCAACACAGACCUUAGAAUAGACUACAAAUACAACACAGAGGCAAUGGCUGCCCCUAUGCCACUACACAACAUCCACUUCCUGGUUCCUGUGGAUGGAGGCAUGGCCAAAGUCCAGGCCAUGAUCCCCCCUGCCACCUGGAAUUCAGAGCAGCAGACGAUACAGUGGAAAAUCCCCAGCCUCUCUCACAGAUCUGAAAAUGGAGGAGUAGGGGCUCUUCUGGGCCGGUUCCAGAUGACAGAAGGUCUCUGUAGACCCUCCCAGCUGGCGGUCCAGUUUACCAGUGAGGGCAGCACUCUGUCAGGGUGCGACAUCCAGUUGGUUGGGACUGGCUACCGGCUAUCGCUGAUCAAGAAGAGAUUUGCUGCAGGGAAAUAUUUGGCGGAUAAUUAGUGGGCCUGUUUGUGAACGGAACCAAAAGAAUCAAUGGCUUUUUGACUGUGAAGACUAUGGAUCCAUCCCAUGUUUAGUGCAUUUGAAACUUUAUCUUUAGCAACCAUUAGAAAUAAUGGUUGAGAUUUAACAGAAUAAAAGAACAUAACCACAAACAAACACACACACAGAUGAUAUUUGACUUCAUAACAUCAUAUUCAGUAGAUUGACUGCUGCUGAGUUUAUGCAAGUAAAUACAAAUCAUUAGUUUUGUGCACUUGAAACACUUAUGGGCUUACAUGGAGUAAAAUAUAGGAAAACCCUGAUUCUUUGUUCUUGUUAACAUAAUUGUGGAUUCAGUGAUCCAGCCUUAUUCAUUGCUGUUUCUUUUGUCUAACUGGUUGUCAUUGCAAAUGCACUGUAAAAGAUAAUGUGAAUAGAUUAUAUAAUAUUGAAACAAUCUUAAACAAGGUGGAAAAGAAUGGAAAAUGUACAAAAUUUAAAAAGUGUAGUAUAGGGUUGCUUUGCAGUUGUAUUCCAAUAAGUUAUAGGUUACAUGGUAAUAUCUGAUUUACACUGCCACCUCAAAUCAGACUUUUUUCCGCCAUGUGUGACCGAUCUUUAUCGUUGUCUAAGCAGAAUUUGUGUUUCUGUGUAGACAGCCUUUGAAAUGUCACAGCCCAUUCUAUCAGUCUUGUGAUUAAAGGCGACCGGUCAGUUCACAGUUCAGAAUGACCCGCAGCGCUCGACUUACAUCAGCACUCUUGAUCUGAAGGUGCUUUUUAUAUGGAAUUAUAUUUGUACCUCAGUCCAGAUCCCAUGAUGGGGAAUUUGGAGCGUGCAAGCACAUCAAUUAUAUUUUGUAGAAUAAUUAUCAUCAUUCAAAGAAUGCUUUAAUUUGAGCAGAAAUAAUCUAUUUUAUGCUCAAUAAACAUGUUGGUUAUCUCAAUUAUCUCAAUAAUAACCUCUUUCACUCAUUUGCCUUAUCUGAAAUUGAAAUAUAUUUUAAGUUUUCAAUUUAAUUUUGAAUUAAUACAAUCAUUAUUUUUAUAUUAACAAUGGAUCACAAUUAUUUUUUAUGUGAAAGUGGUUGCUCAUAGCGACAAACCUGCUGAUAAUUAUCACUGGAAUAGCGUCGUUGAGCUCAGUGUUUUGGUUUUACAGCCCUUAACUUUACUGUUUUGAUUCACUCUCACUGCUCCCAUUCUUUUUGGCAGCAAACAAGCAACUGUUAAGAGCAAAAAAGCUGUAAUAAACCUAUUGUACACUACCUGUUCUGCACCAAACAGCAUAUUUCAGCUAGUCUGAGCUAACAAAGCGCAGAUUAACUCUCAGACAAAAAGGUUCAUAAUAGCAGGUGUGCAACCGACACUAUAUGAUGUAUUUUUACUGUAUGUGUAGCUGUUGUGUGCCUCCUUACUGUUUUACUACUACCUAAUUACCAGAUCAAUCAUGGGUAUUAGCAAACAUGUGAAUGAGUUCAUUGAGUACAGAAUAGAUUUUUGUGUCCUCAAAUUGGAUUAUUUUUAAAUGCUACUAAUUUCUCUACAAAAUAUAAUUUAUCUGUUCGCCAAAAAUCUUUAUUUGGGCGCUCAUAUUGUCCCAUCCUGUGUUCAGGAUUGAAGCACACAUAUGUAAUGCUAUAUUUUUACACGUGCAGCCUUUACAACUACUUUGCCGUUGACGGGUCAUGUGAACAGAGAGUUGAAACUGUCAGUAAAUUAGUUACAGCGGUUUGACCUGCUACAGAACAAAAAUCAUUACAUUACCACUAUGGGCACGUGCAAUGCUGCGAUACAUCAAUUCUCCCACAUCACAGGACUUUAGUGGUAUUCGUGUUGUGCGAAUGGUCAACUUUUGUAACAAUGAGGUGAUAGUUGUGUGACUAACAGAAGCUGCUACUUUUAUUGGAACAGUUUGGUUAAUUUAUUCUGUUAAUCUUACAGAAGUUCUGCUUGAAAGGGCCUUAAGAUGUAAUUCACAUAGAGCCAGAUGUGAGUGCCAUACGGUGGUGAAAGGGAGCUUUAAGUUUAAGAGAAUUGUUGAGGGGACCUGGGCUGAAGAUUGUAGGAGUUGCCUUUGAUGCUGCUUAAAAACAUGGCCAAUUCUUGAAAUGAUCUUUGAUAGAGGUCUUGACGAGUAUUAUUGGGGACUUCACAGAGUAAUGAAAGGAAACGUCUAUCAAGAAGACAGCACUAUUCCCUGUGUCCUGUUUUAUUUUCUUCCUUUUCCACCAUGUUGAAUAAAUGUUUUAUCAUUUUCUAAUAGCAAUAUUUAAAAACUUAAGUGUAAAAAUUGUACAUAAAAAGCUAUGUUUCAAAUAUUUCUCUGGGCAUAUGGAUGUGUCUGUGAUUGUCUAUUGGUUUAUUGAUGUCAGCACUCAUAAUGCAUUAGGUUCUAUGUAACAACACCACCACUCUUCAUCUAUUGUUUUACGUGUGGGUUUCUUGUGCAAAAAAAAAAAAAAAAAAAAAAGUGUUACUGUUGAUGAAUAACUCCAAACGGUGCCGCAUGAAAUCUGCAUUUGUCCAUCACCAGUCUUAUCAAUGCAAUACCAAUUUAUCCAUUUCAAUAAGGUCAUGAUUUGUGUGUUAUUGUAUAAACGUGCUAUGAGAGGAGACUUUUUGCCUUCACCUAAAUCUCCAAUCUCUGUUUUUUGCUGUUGUUGCACCCUCAGAAACCCAUUGUCAAUAAAUUUGGCAUGUAUUCAUUGAUAUUUCCAUUCCAUGCAUCUGAUAUAGGUGUUUGACAUUCUCCUGUGUUUGACCUGCACACAAAACACACCUUAAAUUUCAUUAAUAAAACAAUCCAUGGCUUCAUGUCACAUGUACACAUGCUGAUAUGUAUCACUUUAUAGAAUGUUUUAAUGUGUUGACUCACAGUUUUGGGCCUGGGUGUAAUAUUUCAUUUAGUUAUUAGAAAGUUCAUUCAUUUAAUUAAGAACAGUUUACAGUGUUUCUGUUAAUAAUGCUUAUGUUUUUCUUUGCCUUAUUUUUGAGCAUACACUAAGUCCUCCAAUACUUUCUGUAGGUUUAUUUUUUCUACAACUUUUUUUUUUGGCUGUUUUCCUUUCACUGCAUUAGACACAGAAUAUGCAAACAUUUCAUGUAAAUUUCCCAUCCAAAGAUUUUGAAAGUAAAUAUAUGAAAAAAAUCAAUAUAAUGUAAUACCUGUUUUACUUGGUAAUAAAGAAGAGGAAAUAUGAGA